UCGUGUGUCUGCCAAGAGAUCAACCUAACCCCAUACGUCUUUGUUACCCGCCUUCAUAUCUUCCGAUUGGCAGGAUUCCAAAAGACCCCGCCCAUGCUUGUUCACUAUUCGAGCAAGUGGUGUGUUGAUCUCGUUAGUGGACUGAGCUGCCGUACGAUGUUCACCGGUGAUGUCUUUAAAGAGGCUUCGGGUGUAUCUACGUCACUGAUAAAAGAAAAACAACAAACAAUGCAGAGGUCGAAAGCAUUUAACAAGUUUACGAUUAUUCUAACUAGCUGAACUUCUGUAUUUGUUCGUCAGCAGACUAAUGUUGUAUGUAUCUUAAAAAGGGGUGGGCAUGCUUAAGUAUAUUGGUCUUAAAUAUACAGGUCGUUGCAAGGAAAGGUAGAAGAUCUGAGGUCUGCAGAAAUGUCACAGCUCGACUAAUAGCCUGGAAGGAAUCUUUUAGUAACCUGCGAAACAUUAAUGUAUAACUAUGCUUUUAUUAAUAGAAACAAUACUCGUCUUUCAGUUUAAAAGGCGUCAGCUUAAAUACCGCGUUAUUUCUUGUUUUUAUAUAUUUUUUUCUACGUCAUUCUCUUUGUAUUAUGUAUAUAGACGCAUUAACCAGAUGUGCUAUGCUUGCUUGCAUAGUCAUACACUGUACCCAGUAAAUACCACUUGUCAUUCAUUUACAGUUUAACUGAGAUGUGAUGGAAGCGAUUUGGAUCUACCAGUUUAGAUUAAUCGUGAUCGGAGACUCCACAGUGGGAAAAUCUUGUUUGCUGCGUCGGUUCACCGAGGGAAGAUUUACAGACGUAUCCGACCCCACGGUGGGGGUAGACUUCUUUGCCCGGUUGAUUGAGAUCGAACCAGGCAAGCGUAUCAAACUCCAACUCUGGGAUACGGCCGGCCAGGAGAGAUUCAGAUCCAUAACCCGCGCUUACUACCGCAAUUCAGUGGGAGGACUCCUAAUCUUCGACCUGACAAACCGACGAUCUUUUCAGCAUCUAAAAAACUGGUUGGAUGAAGCAAAAAUGCACAUGCAACCCUAUCAGAUAGUGUUUCUGCUGGUGGGGCACAAGUGCGACCUCACCAACCUGCGCCAGGUGAGCCGCGAGGAGGCGGAGCAAACUGCCUUAGCCUUUGGAAUGAAGUACAUAGAGACCUCUGCCAAAGACGGCGUCAAUGUGGAGGAGUCAUUCAAUAUCCUCACCAGAGACAUAUACGAACGGGUGAGAAAUGGGGACAUAACCAUACAGGAAGACUGGGAAGGGGUAAAAAGUGGCUUUGUCCCGAAUGUUGUCCAUUCUUCCGAGGAGGCGGUAAAACCCGGUCGAAAGUGCCCAUGUUAGCUAACCCAAGAGAAUGGGGUGUGCCGAUUUGCAGCCAAAGAGAUGACCUAGACUGUAAUUUUAUUUAGACAUUAAUUUUCACAUAAUACACUGAACUGCUCUGUAAGGCAAGAUUGCAUAUUGUUCUUGGACAAUAUUGCGAUUGCCGUGGUUUACGCUUUUACUGUAGGUUCUUGUAUUUUUUAGCAGCUCUGUGUAUCCUACCCUCUUGUAUAUAAUUGCUACGUAUAUAAACGUAGUUUUCUUGUAAGAAUCUUACAAGAAUGAUGUAUCAUGUCUUAAAAGCCUGUAAACACUGUAAAAUAUCAUGUACACGUCAACUGCCUUAGACAAUUAAUUUGCCUCACGCAAAUAAUCAGUCAAUCAAUCAGUCACUCGCUUUAUUGAAAAAGCCAAUGUGCCGUUUUGGUGAUGUCAGUUACAUUGGAUUGUAACGAGGGUAACUUGAGUCGAUAUAUUCAUCCAUGCUUUGGCGUUUUCUAUUGUGCCGUUGAAAUCCUAGUAAAAUUUAAUAUGCAAGACUUAAAACAAUACAGAGGAAGACUGGGACCAUUUUUUUUUCUGUAAAAUUUGCCAGACAUUGGAACAUCUGUAAAUGUUCGAAAAAUCCGAAAAAUCAAUUUAGUUACGAAGGGAAAGAUUUUCAUACAGGCCUAAAUAUUUCGAAACAACUCGAUUUUAUGAGGAUUUCGUUACGGGAUAUAUACAAGUUCAAACUGUUUUGAUUUAGGUAUUCUAGCAAAAGACAGCGAAUGAAAGUCACUGAUUGCAAUAUAGCCUAACCCAUGAACAAGCUAAUGAGAAAAUUAAAACUCGAAUAUAAUCAUAAUGCAACAGCGAUGUUCAUUAAAGUGUAGGCCGGGCUACCUAUGAUUCAACGACUGAAUUGCUUUGGAUGACUGUUAAAUUAUUUACUACUGCAUAGGCCUAUAUGAAUUGCCUUGACACUGGAAAAUGUAUUGUGCCAUUUGAAAGAUUGUUGGGCAGUUAUUAUGACAAGUUUGCAAUUAAAAUGAUAUUGCUUGGUUUUGAAUUGCACGUAUUUGCGUAUUUGCAAACAAAAUAAACCAUCACUAUUUCUGUUUGCCCUUA